AUGCGCAGAGAUGGGAAAGAGGUUCCCACGAAACAUGUAGUCCUAUCUUUCAAGCUCCACAGUCUUCCAUCAACAAUCAAAGCUUGCUAUCUAAACUGUCAUGUGAGGGCAUAUAUCCCCAAUCCAAGACGCUGCUACAAGUGCCAGAAGUUUGGCCACGGUUCGCAGGUGUGCCGUGGACAGGCUGUCUGUGCAAGGUGUGCUGGCAAAGACCACUCGUCAGAGACAUGCUCAAAUGAUAUCCGUUGCACCAACUGUGAAGGUAGCCACCCCGCGUACUCGAGAUCCUGUCCUUUCUGGCAGGAGGAGAAACACGUUCUCAAAAUAAAGAUCGAACAAAACGUCACGUACCGAGCGGCGAGAGCCCAGUUGCAGUUCCAGAAGAAAGGAACUUUCUCUGAUGUGGUGCGCAGGGGAGUGGCACCACUCAGAGUUUCAGUGGAGACCCAGACCACCGGGCCUCCACACCACACUCCCCAACUCCAAGAGAAGGUCACAGAGGUGCUUCCUCCAGUGGCCACACAGCCAAUCAGCCAGGGAGAGGCCACCACAACCUCAAAGGAGGUUGUUGCAUCUCCCUCCGUUUGGGACGGGAUUGCGAAGGGCCCGUCCCAAAGUACAAGUCAAGACAUGGAUGUCGAUGAUGACGACUGCUUAUCGCAGAAGUCGUCAUCGAGUCUUCCAAGUACUACUUCGUCCUUGGGCAAAGAGCAGAGAAAGAAAAACACCGGCAGAGGACGGGGUCUGAAAGGCAAAGAACAGCAAAAGGCCCCUCCACCAAGGAUACAAGCUCCUUGA